CUUGUCGAUAUCUCGAUCCCUAUCGAUCGUUUGCCCUUGUCUUCCCUCCCUCGUCGCUGCCUCACCGUUCAUCGUCUGUAUACUACGUACGCUGCCGAACCUUACACCAAUCACCAGCAGAUCAUGGCCCAACCAACCCUUCGACGGCGCCGGAGCAUGACUGACUUUCUCAGACUGCAGAUACUGCGCGAUGCAGACCGCGCUGGUUUACCCAGCUUUGUCAUGGAAGGCAUCCUCACCCACUUGGAGAGCAACGCUGCAUACCGCAAGAAGCUUAAGAAGUUUACGAAGGGACUCCCAAAGCUGACGAAACAGAAUCUCGCUUCACUGGACGAGGCAGACUCGCAAUGCCCUAUCUGUCUUACGUCGUUCUCGGCCAUCCUGGAGGAGGAGGAGAUGGCCCUCGCGCUCGAUUCCCCGGCCCAUCCUGUCGAACAACUCGGUGUGACGCGCUUUGUAGAUACCUGCGGACACAUUUUCUGCCGGAAGGAUACGCUCGGUUGGGUAAACCAAGGCCGAACAACCUGUCCCACAUGCCGCCGCCCGUUCAUUGACCCGCCGGAGGAGGUUCCCAGCGGAGGGCCUACGGAAGCUGUGUUGCAGCCCGGCGUCGGCCCCGACGGGCUGCCAUCGGUCUCCCGCAACCAGAACUUCGCGAAUAUUGCAAGCCUCAUCAUGGGGAUAGUGGACACCAUCCCCCAGGCCGAAAUGGAGGCUCUGCACGCUCGGGUGGAAGCUCAAGAAACGCUACGGCGAGACGAAGAGCGCAACCGCGAUGCCAAUGACCGCGAGGAAUUCUCCAGCAUGUACUCUUAGACGGAAGAACAGGCCGCGAGCAGCUUGAGUUGUAUAUUAUGUGUACAUUAUGCGGAGACAGGGCUCGCGUGAAGUUGUUGAUUGUACUGCUACCUCCGAGUCAGAUAUCUAGACAACCUGAAGGACCUUCGGCUCAUUCGCUGAAGACUUUAAUUGGACGGUCUUCACUCAGA